AUGCAAGAGCUCACCACUGCAGAUGAAACGGUAGCCCCAGUGGUACCAUCGACUACUUCAGAUACACCAACCACACAUCCUCCGACAACGACCGAUGCUGCAACCCCAAGCCAAGACACAGCUACUACUGACUUAACGACUCCUAUACCCGAUACAACGUCACAACCUCCACCAUCAACACCAAUGACAACAAUGCAAGAGCUCACCACUGCAGAUGAAACGGUAGCCCAAGUGGUACCAUCGACUACUUCAGAUACACAAACCACACAUCCUCCGACAACAACCAAUGCUGCAACCCCAAGCCAAGACUCAGCUACUACUGACUUAACGACUCCAAUACCCGAUACUACGUCACAACCUCCACCAUCAACACCAAUGACAACAAUGCAAGAGCUCACCACUGCGGAUGAAACGGUAGCCCCAGGGAUCAGUACCUGUCAAGGGUACUGUGAAACAAAGGCACCAGGAGGAUGUUUCUGUGAUUACAUUUGUCAGGAACUAAAUGAUUGCUGUGAAGAUUAUUAUAUAUAUUGUCAACCUGUGGUACCAUCGACUACUUCAGAUACACCAACCACACAUCCUCCGACAACAACCGAUGCUGCAACCCCAACCCAAGAGACAGCUACUGCUGACUUAACGACUCCUAUACCCGAUACAACGUCACAACCUCCACCAUCAACGCCAAUGCCAACAAUGCAAGAGCUCACCACUGCAGAUGAAACGGUAGCCCCAGUGGUACCAUCGACUACUUCAGAUACACCAACCACACAUCCUCCUACAACAACCGAUGUUGCAACCCCAAGCAAAGACACAGCUACUACUGACUUAACGACUCCAAUACCCGAUACUACGUCACAACCUCCACCAUCAACACCAAUGACAACAAUGCAAGAGUUCACCACUGCGGAUGAAACGGUAGCCCCAGGGAUCAGUACCUGUCAAGGGUACUGUGAAACAAAGGCACCAGGAGGAUGUUUCUGUGAUUACAUUUGUCAGGAACUAAAUGAUUGCUGUGAAGAUUAUUAUAUAUAUUGUCAACCUGUGGUACCAUCGACUACUUCAGAUACACCAACCACACAUCCUCCGACAACAACCGAUGCUGCAACCCCAACCCAAGACACAGCUACUGCUGACUUAACGACUCCUAUACCCGAUACAACGUCACAACCUCCACCAUCAACGCCAAUGCCAACAAUGCAAGAGCUCACCACUGCAGAUGAAACGGUAGCCCCAGUGGUACCAUCGACUACUUCAGAUACACCAACCACACAUCCUCCUACAACAACCGAUGUUGCAACCCCAAGCAAAGACACAGCUACUACUGACUUAACGACUCCAAUACCCGAUACUACGUCACAACCUCCACCAUCAACACCAAUGACAACAAUGCAAGAGCUCACCACUGCGGAUGAAACGGUAGCCCCAGGGAUCAGUACCUGUCAAGGGUACUGUGAAACAAAGGCACCAGGAGGAUGUUUCUGUGAUUACAUUUGUCAGGAACUAAAUGAUUGCUGUGAAGAUUAUUAUAUAUAUUGUCAACCUGUGGUACCAUCGACUACUUCAGAUACACCAACCACACAUCCUCCGACAACAACCGAUGCUGCAACCCCAACCCAAGAGACAGCUACUGCUGACUUAACGACUCCUAUACCCGAUACAACGUCACAACCUCCACCAUCAACGCCAAUGCCAACAAUGCAAGAGCUCACCACUGCAGAUGAAACGGUAGCCCCAGUGGUACCAUCGACUACUUCAGAUACACCAACCACACAUCCUCCUACAACAACCGAUGUUGCAACCCCAAGCAAAGACACAGCUACUACUGACUUAACGACUCCAAUACCCGAUACUACGUCACAACCUCCACCAUCAACACCAAUGACAACAAUGCAAGAGCUCACCACUGCGGAUGAAACGGUAGCCCCAGGGAUCAGUACCUGUCAAGGGUACUGUGAAACAAAGGCACCAGGAGGAUGUUUCUGUGAUUACAUUUGUCAGGAACUAAAUGAUUGCUGUGAAGAUUAUUAUAUAUAUUGUCAACCUGUGGUACCAUCGACUACUUCAGAUACACCAACCACACAUCCUCCGACAACGACCGAUGCUGCAACCCCAAGCCAAGACACAGCUACUACUGACUUAACGACUCCUAUACCCGAUACAACGUCACAACCUCCACCAUCAACACCAAUGACAACAAUGCAAGAGCUCACCACUGCAGAUGAAACGGUAGCCCCAGUGGUACCAUCGACUACUUCAGAUACACCAACCACACAUCCUCCGACAACGACCGAUGCUGCAACCCCAAGCCAAGACACAGCUACUACUGACUUAACGACUCCUAUACCCGAUACAACGUCACAACCUCCACCAUCAACACCAAUGACAACAAUGCAAGAGCUCACCACUGCAGAUGAAACGGUAGCCCCCAGUGGUACCAUCGACUACUUCAGAUACACCAACCACACAUCCUCCGACAACAACCGAUGCUGCAACCCCAACCCAAGAGACAUCUACUGCUGA